AAAAAUUUAAAAUGGCUCCGAUAAAUUGAAAGUCUUUUUCGGAAUAGGUUGAUUAUGGCCAUGUGGUCACCAUGAAAUGGCCCUGGAAUGGAGCGUCCGAGCAGAGAACUUCGAAGUACCCGUUCGCGCGUGCCGACAUGCCCCUGUGAAGCUGAAGAGCCCACCAGAAAACGGCGAAAACGCUGCGUUACGGAGAAAAAUCACGACGAACAGAAGCACCAUUGCAUGGCGGCCAGAUACUCAUCUGACGUGACAGAAGUGCUAUCGGAAUUGCGAUCACAAAGACAGUUGUGUGACGGUGUGCUUCGAACUGAAGACGGGGGCGUUUUUUACGUGCACAGGGCAAUUUUGGCCGUAGUAAGCCCCUACUUCAAGGCUUUGUUCAUCAACAGUCUAACACAAGGCGACCCCGAAACAAGCGACGCUACGAUACGGGAUAUUUCAAGUGAUCUGCUCGGACUAAUCGUAGAUUAUGCAUACACGGGUGUUUGCAGCGUCACUCAUGAAAACGUCGGACGUCUUCUCCCGAUAUCAGACCGCUUGGGAGUUUUAGGUGUCGUAGGUCAGUGCUGUGAUUUUCUCAUCAGAGAGCUCAAGCCCAACAACAGUCUAGGUGUUUGCAAGUUCGCCAAGGAUUACCUCUGUGCUAACCUGGAGAAGGUAGCAAGAGAUUAUUCUCUGGUGAACUUCGCAGAAGUGAUUCGGAAAAGUUCAGAACUAAAGGAACUAUCUGCAUCAGAGCUUGAGGGCCUACUUUCAGAUGACAAGCUAAACGUCAAAAGCGAAAAGCAAGUUUUCGAGACAGUGGUGGCGUGGGUCGAGCACAAAACAGAGGAAAGAAUACGCUGGCUUCCGUCCCUUCUGAACUGUGUCCGUUUUGGACUGACAAACUACCGGUACCUCUCCAAAGAUGUCUGGAACCACCGUCUCAUCGCAGAGAACCAGGAUGCUCAGGCCGCCCUGUAUGGGCCAUCCAUCUUCUUGGCGGAGUUCGACUCAUCUGAUGACAUGGAAGUGGAUCUCACCCAUCCUCUAGCAAGGCCAAGACAACCACACGAGAUCCUCCUAUCAGUUGGAGGAUGGACCGCUGGAAGCCCCACCUGCUUCAUCGAAACAUACGAUGUCAGGGCAGACCGGUGGUUCCUCUCGAUGGACGUGGAUGUGCGGCCGAGAGCAUACCAUGGUCUUGAGGUGAUCGACAACAUGGUAUACAUGGUCGGAGGUUUCGAUGGCAACGAGCACUUCAACUCAGUGCGAUGCUAUGACCCUGUGAAGAAGGUCUGGUCGGAACGCGCCUGCAUGUAUACGCCACGCUGCUAUGUCAGCACAUGCGUCCUGGACUCCAAGAUCUACGCGAUGGGAGGCUACGACGGCCGGUCGCGGCUCAACAGCUGCGAACGGUACGACCCGGUGACCAACCAGUGGGAGAUGCUGCCCAGCAUGCACCGGCGCCGCUCGGACGCCUCCUCCGACAGCCUCGCCGGAAAGGUGUACGUCGUCGGCGGCUUCGACGGCCAGGAGGUGCUCAACAGCGUCGAGGUGUUCGACCCGGCCGAGAACACGUGGAGCUUCGCCGUGGCCAUGAACAGCCCCCGCAGCGGCGUCUCGCUGGUGGCCUACAACGACUCGCUGUACGCCCUCGGUGGCUUCGACGGCGCCCGACGCCUGCGCUCCGGCGAGCGCUUCACUCUGGGACACGGCGGAGGCUGGGUGAACGUGAGGAACAUGUUCAGCCCGCGGAGCAACUUCGCCUCGACGGUGCUGGACGGCAGCAUCUACGUCAUCGGUGGAUUCAACGGCUCCACCACCAUCCCGGACGUGGAGUGCUACGACGAGCAGCGCGACCAGUGGGAGGACGUGACCAGCAUGAACGUCAACCGGUCGGCGCUGUCGGCCUGCGUGCUGCGCGGACUCGUCAACGGCAGGGAGUACUCGUUCCUCUCCCGGCUGCAGCAGCAGCAGCAACAGCAGCAGAUCGUCCAGCAGCAGCAGAGCGCCGCCAGCGCGCAGCCGACGGAGGUGCCGCCGCAGUCGACGCCGUCGUCGCAGCCGGCGCCGACGGCGGCCGCAACCGUGCGCAGCUCACGGCGCAGAAACUGAGACGUGACGUGACGCGAUCUGUGACGUGACGUGGCUCACAGUGACGUGACUGGCCUGUGAUAGACUGUGGCCGGCCGGGGCCGCCGCGGCCGCCCCGGCGCGGGACGCUCGGCAGAAUGGUGACCGCCGGGUGCCAGCCAGCGGCCACUCGGCGGGGGGCUGUGUGUGAUCGGGUGACAUGAAUGGAGCGAAACAGCGAGAAUGGCAAACGGAAUGGAAUGACUGAGAGACUGACACAGAGGCCAACUAAAUCGCCAGUAGCAAACUGGAAGGGAUCGGUAGGUAACCCAACAAAAGGCUUCGAUAGAAACCAUGCUGAUAAAGCGCAGCUCAGUUCUGAACCUGGGAAAGCAUGACUGUUCAAAAAGCUUCGCUAAAAGCUCAACCUAAUCAGCUUAAGUUUCGGGAGAUCGGAGUCAAAUUAACAUCCCACUCAUCCUCCAGAUGUCAGCUGAAACGCAUGAGGCCCCGACUCCUCGAAUGGAUGUUCUUUUCGAAUCUUGCGUCAAGAGCAUGUUAACGUUUCACUUUCUGCUUGUAAAACGGUCAGCUGUUACAAAAAGUAUAUCUAUACUCGAUAUGUUUGGGCUACUCCAAUCAUGACAUUUGACGAUCAACUGUUUCCUAAUCAUGCUUGAUAUUUGUUAAUUUGCGAACUUAUAUUUUGUUUAUAUAUUAUGGGUGUUUGUUUCUUAUCGAUUCAUACCAAAACACCAAAAUUAUCAAGUGUUCGUGAUUCUUGUUUUCAUUACUUGUUGCAUGGUCGAAUGUAGACAAAGGGGUGAUACAUGAGCAACGGUAUAUCUCUGACGAUGGCUUGAGUGCUGUAUUGCCCUUUUAUAACCAUUUUUUGAGGAUUCCACUAGUUAUUUUGCUUAAUAAAACCAUUUGUUUCUGA